AUGCCACCAGGUGUUAGCAAGAGGAUCAAGACGCUGUCUGUUUCGAGACCUAUCAUAUAUGGUAAUACUGCUAAAAAGUUUGGUGAAGUGAGGCCGCCUAACGCUCCUGCUGAACACACACAUCUGUGGACCAUCUUUGUCAGAGGACCGCAGAACGAAGACAUCUCGUACAUUAUUAAGAAAGUUGUUUUCAAGCUACACGACACAUAUCCCAAUGCCACACGAACGAUAGAGGCUCCGCCCUUCGAGUUGACGGAGACAGGAUGGGGGGAGUUUGAGAUAAAUAUCAAGAUUCACUUUGUCGAUGAAGCUAAUGAAAAGAUGGUGAGUUUCUAUCAUCAUUUGAGACUUCAUCCGUAUUACAACAUCAAGUGGGAGCCACAGAAGCCUAAUGACGAGAUUUCAUCGAUAUUUUACGAUGAAUUGGUAUUCAAUGAGCCAAAUGAAGAGUUCUUUAAGAUUUUGAUGAGCAGGCCAGGGAGCUUGUUGCCCUCCAAUAAGACUGAAACUUGUGUCUUCUCGAAGCAACUUGAACAGGAAGAAAUAGACCGGAUAAAUAUGGGAAUUGAUAAGGUGGAUGAGGAGAUCAAAGAACUGAAGGAAAAAAUUGCAAAGCAACUGGGGAACUAG